AUUGCGAGAAGGUCAAGGUUGAAUAGAAAAUGAUGCGGUGCUGAAAAUAAACCAAUGUUCAAUUGUUUACGAACUUUGGUUAGAAUUUAUCAUGCCGCCAACGAUACAGACUGGCUCUAGAGAAGACAGAGAUAAAAGGGUUAGACCUGGAGAAAAAAGGUCAGAUCUAUUAUGCCGUGUGAAGUUCAACAAUACUUUGCCUGAUAUUCCAUUUGAUCCAAAAUUUAUAACAUACCCUUUUGAGAGUAACAGAUUUAUACAGUAUAAACCAACAUCUUUAGAAAGAUCAUACAAGUAUGAUUUGUUAACAGAGCAUGAUCUAGGUGUUACUAUAGACUUGAUCAAUCCAGAAACUUACAGAUUCGAUCAUAAUGUUUAUCCAGAACCAGAAGAUGAGAGAUUAUUGGAAGAUGAACUCAAUACACCAGCCGAUGCUAAAAGGUCUCGACACAAUAAUACAAAUGUCUCCUGGUUGAGGAAAACAGAAUAUAUCUCCACAGAAUAUAACAGAUUUAUACAAAAAACAGACAAAUCAGAAAUCAGAGUUGGUUUUAAAAUCAAACAGAAGAUGAAGGAAGAUGAUAUGUAUAAAGACAGAGACAGUCAAAUAGAAGCCAUAGAAAAAACAUUUGAAAAAGCUAAAGGAGAGAUUACACAGCAUUACAGUAAACCUAAUGUAACACCAGUAGAAGUUUUACCAAUAUUCCCUGAUUUCAAGUUAUGGCAACAUCCGUUUGCUCAAGUUCUGUUUGAUUCUGACCCUGCACCUAAAGGUCAAUCUUUACCUGCACAGAUGGAAGAAAUGUCACAAGCCAUGAUCAGAGGAGCUGUAGAUGAAAGUGGAGAACAGUUUGUAGCCUAUUUCUUACCAACAGAUGAAACGUUAACAAAACGUAAACGUGAUGCUGAGGAAGAGAAAGAUUAUGUUACAGAUGAAGUGUAUGACUACAUGUUAGCCAGAGAAUAUAACUGGAACGUGAAGAAUAAAUUAUCUAAAGGUUACGAAGAAACCUAUUUCUUUGUGAUGAGAGAAGAUGGUGUUUAUUAUGAUGAACUUGAAACAAGGGUACGAUUAAGUAAGAGACGAAAGACAGGUGGAACUCAGGCAGCUAAAUCACGACUUUUAGUAAAACAUCGACCCUUUAACGAGAAGGAAGAAAAUGCACAGAAAUCACGACAGACCAUGUUAGAACCUCCAGCAGAAGAAGAAGAGGAAGAAGAAGAAGUCCAGUUACCAGAUAUUACAACUAAAUCAGAUGAUGAAGGAGGAAAUAAAUCCCCGAGAUCUGGUGACGAAGAAAAUAAAAGUGAAGACGAGGAAGACAAACAUAGCGUCCAAUCAGGCGGAAGCAGACGAAGUCGAAGUAGGAGUAAAACCCGUAGUAGAAGUCGUAGUAGGAGCGGAAGUCGGAGUCGUAGCCGCAGUCGUAGCGGAAGUCGAAGUGGGAGUGGCAGUAGAAGUAGUAGUGGCAGUGAGAGCGGAAGUGACGCAGGAAGUAAAAGUAGUGAUAGCGAAAGUGAGGCUGAAGAUAAGAAAGGAAAGAAAGAUGAAGAAGAAAUCUUUGGUAGUGCUAGUAGUAGUUCGUCGGAUAGUGAUUAAUAACAUUCAUUGACAGUGCUUUAUAUCAUGUUCAGUUAGGCUUCAUUAUAAACUCCUCCCACAAUCAGAAACAAUCCUUAUAUGGACGUAUAAUAUCUGUCAUCUUCAUUACAAAUUCCUCUCACAUCGGAAAUUAUCCUUAUACGGAUGUAUGUCUUCAUUACAAACUCCUCCUACAAUCAGAAACAAUCCUUAUAUGGACGUAUAAUAUCUGUCAUCUUGAUUACAAAUUCCUCUCACAUCGGAAAUUAUCCUUAUACGGAUGUAUGUCUUCAUUACAAACUCCUCCUACAAUCAGAAACAAUCCUUAUAUGGACGUAUAAUAUCUGUCAUCUUGAUUACAAAUUCCUCUCACAUCGGAAAUUAUCCUUAUACGGAUGUAUGUCUUCAUUACAAACUCCUCCCACAAUCAGAAACAAUCCUUAUAAGGAUGUAUAAUGUUUGUCAUUUUCAUUAUAAACUCCUCCCACAAUCAGAAACAAUCCUUAUAUGGAUGUAUAAUAUCUGUCAUCUCCGUUACAAACUCCUCCCACGUCGGAAAUAAUCCUAAUAUGGAUGUAUAAUGUAUGUCAUCUUCAUUACAACUCUACCCAUAUCGAAAUAUGUAUAGUAUCUGUUAUCUUUUAUUCAGAAUUUUUGCAGAUGUUGAAACUACUUUUAUGAAAAUUUUAACAGUUCACCUCGGUGUAAUGUUAAAAUCAUGAUUUAUAUUAUAUCAAGAAUAAUAAAUUGAUGAAGAAUUUAA